AUGGAUGCUUUAGAAUGGGAUAAAUACCACAACUGGGCUUUUAUGCCUACGUUAGUUCUGGAGAAAAUUUUCGCUUAUUUGCCAUGGCGAGACCGAGCUCACGCUGCUCUUGCCUGCAAAAGGUGGCUUAAUGCGUUUUGUUCCGCCAAUGUGUGGCGGGUGUUUACUUAUCAUCCUCCACCCCAAGGACUUACGAGACUUCAAUAUGACUCAAAAACAUACUUGCUCGCAAGGCAAUCUGACCCGCAGUUUUUUUCACUGUUAAGGGCCAUUCGAACCAUCGGUUGGCAUUUCCAGUAUCUUCGCUUUCCGGAGACGGAAGAUUUCUUCAUGCUUAACCGUGUUCUCUCUUUGAUUGCUGAAUUUCUUGAAGCUCACCCAUAUCCGAAUAGCGUGUCUUCCGAUUCUGUCCUAUCAACUGAAAUUAUUUCCCCCGAUUUGGCUGCUUUGGAGGCUGCAUAUUCACCAUCUUCAUCGUCUGGGCAGCAUGAAACAUCUACCUCAAAUGAUUCUCCUGGUAAUUUAUCUGACGCUGCUGUUGUAGAGGAAAUUCCAUUGAGUAUCCUUGCUGAAGCAACUUCUGGGGAUCCAGAAUUGGCUAAUUCGAUAGCACUUGCGCUGAGGCUUCAACAGGAGGAAUACGAAAAAGGCCUGUCAUCGUCGUUGCAUUCUGGCAGUUCUUCUGAGAGUGGAAUCGAGUUUGCUUGCCCAUCACGCCCAGGUUGUCCACCUCAGCUCUCCAGCUCUGUGCCCAUUCGUUUUCCCAUGCGCAGCGCCUCCACGACAACGCCUCCAGCGAGUCGAGUCGUCAGUCGUGGUCGUCAUUACCAACGAAGUGUGAGUUGCAAAUUUCCCUCUGCCUCCAGUAAGCUGCCUCGUCUUCCAGACACGUCCUGCCUGCCUCCGCCGUGUAUCCGCUCCUUUUCCCUUGACUUUCACGCUGAAUUUGACGAGGCCUCGGGGGUUGUCUACGGCUCCGGGGGAGCCCUCUUUGCCACCAUCGUGCGUGUGCUCUCACGCCUAAGGUACUUGAGGGCUCUGUAUCUGCGAAACCUCUUCCUCUCACAUCUGGAUACGAGGCAGCUACUAAUUGAAAUUUCAGCGGUGAGGGAAUAUGUGGCAGGUUCAACUCUGGAGAGAGCGAGUCUGCUCCAUGUCUGCAAGGUGACGCAUGAGCGUUCUCAUUCGGUUACCAGUCCGAGCUUAUCAGCAGCUUCUCAGACAGGCUCAGAUUUUUCAAUCAACCCUACACCGACGUAUAACGACACGAAUCGAUAUUGGUAUUUGAGGGACCCGCGGUGGCUUGGAUCGAGGCCAAGGAUUUUGGGCUGGAACCCCCUUGCCGACCUUUCCUCAUUGUUCCCCAAUCUAAAUCGUCUCGAGAUCGCCCUAACGCAACUCACAGGACCCAUGCUAUUGCGCUUGAUUUACCAGACCCGACUAUCUGUGCUGAUUCUGACUCAGACUGAUUUGUCUCCGCGUUGGAUGGAGUACUAUAAUGAAGGAAUAGUGUCCACCGCAAUGCCUGACAGCCUGGAAAACCAGAUUCACGAUGGGGUUCACAAUGGGGAUGAAAUCGAUUGGGGUGCAGACGUUCCUUUGGUGCGCCACAUUGCCCCUUCCGACCACAGGUCGACUGUUAGUGGGGUUCCUGAAUGGCGCCCAAUUGAAUCUGAAUUCUGGCAUCAAGCCGUUUGUAUGCGUCCUGAGUUACGAGUCCACGUCCGCCUCAAAUUUCUUUACUCACGAGCGUCUUCAGAGCUCUGUGUUUUUGCGUUGCCCGCUCUCCCGGCUCCCGUUACAUCGAUUGUCUGCAUUUUUGGCUCCGGUGAUCAAACUGCCACAUACCGACUCUUCGAGAGGUGCAUCAACUCAAUUACGCAAUACUCUGUCACUCUCACUGACAUUGUUGUUUUUACUGAGGUGUUGCGUAGUAGUUACUUGCGGUCUGAAUGCCAUGAACCCGUCUCAUCAACUAUUUUUAUGCACCGUAAUAAGUCACACUUGGAGAGCCCUGGAUUUAAUGUUGAGACCUUGCAUGCCGAACUCGACCUAGAAGCAGUGGAAGCUGAGGAAAGGGAAAAGAAGCAGCUAGAUCGCCUACGUGGCAAACAGUUUUGUUUCAGUUAUCCCGUACGUCAAAAACGUCGCCAAAUUACCCCAACUAAAGACAUUAUUCCUCAGCCACUUGAUGCUCAGUUGCUUCGUCUCGUUUCCGCUUGUCCUAAUGUCACCUCGCUCAGUAUAGGCGGCCGCCUUCUCAACGUGCACUUAACAACAGCUAGCCAACUCUGUCGUCUUCUUGUGAAAGGCGCUCAUGCUAAGCCUAGGAUUAUUCGAAAUGGUAUUCAGAGAAUAACUGCUCCGACAUUGUACGCUGACGUGGGGUCGAUGCGUCUGAGCGGACCAAUUCCUGAGUCUUCGACGGAACGUGACUCGGCCACGUUCCUGGAAUUGAUGCGUGACUGCCGAGGAAAAGAGGUAGUCUCACCGGCCGCAAAGCAACGAGCUGCAGAAUGUUUAAUUGCUGUGGCGCUCGGAAGCCCCCAAUGGCGCUUCAUGCAGACGGAAGCUUUUAGAUUUCACGCACUCACACACGCUGGAAUUUAG